ACUAGGCCCCCCCUGCGUCACGUGAUCGCACUGGACGCUGGCUCAAGAUGGCGGCGCCCAUGGAGCGGCGUGACUGUUUCUGAUCGUUUUCCCCCUCCCUUAAACCGCGAGACUGUCGUUGUUACACUAUGUCGCGACUUAUCGUGAAGAACCUGCCCAACGGGAUAAAAGAGGAACGCUUCCGGAACCUCUUUGCUGCUUUUGGGACACUGACGGACUGCACUCUGAAAUUCACCAAGGAUGGCAAGUUCCGCAAAUUUGGGUUUAUUGGAUUUAAAUCUGAAGAAGAUGCUAAAGCGGCCCUGGGCCAUUUCAACAAUAGUUAUAUAGAUACAGCGAGAGUUACGGUUGAGUUCUGUAAAUCUUUUGGGGAUCCUCUGAAACCUAGAGCAUGGAGCAAACAUUCCCAAAAGCCACUACCAGUAAAGGAGCCUCCUGAAAAAUCCAUAACAAGUUCAGGUCAUAAAGAUGCAAAGGAGAAUAAAAAGAAGAACAAUCAAACAGGAGUGUUAAAAGAGCUGGAAGGAGAAGAGGCCUUCCAAGACUUCCUGGCAGUGCACCAGAAACGGUCUCAGGUGGCCACGUGGACCAAUGACACAAAAGCAGAGAAACCCAAGAAGAGUGAAUCCAAGUCAACAGAUGAUUAUCUGAACUUUGAUUCUGAUGAAUCGGGCAGCCUGAGCGAGGAAGAACAAGGACAAGAGGAUGGAGUCGCCGGAGAGAAAGAGAGAAGUUUGGAAGGAAAAGCGGCCUCCAGACGGGAGCUCUCCGAUAUGGACUACCUGAGAUCCAAAGUGGUGAAGAGUGGUGAGGACUCAGCUUCAUGUGAAGAGGAGAGUGAUGAUGAAGAGAUGGGUGAUCAGGAGCCAAGGGAGGGAGUAAAGGAGGAUGAGAAGAAGGAAAAUAAACCAAUUGACAGCGAAACAGCAGAUUCAGGUCUUACGCCAGAGUGUGGACUGGACGACCAGAGAAUCAUUGCAAAGGGCAAGAAGCCAAAAGUCACCUCCCAGGUGAAAACUUCAGCCGGUGCAAAUGAGCCCACCACGCCGUACACAGUAAAGCUGCGGGGUGCCCCAUUCAAUGUCACAGAGCAAAAUGUGAGAGAGUUUCUUGUUCCGCUUCGGCCAGUGGCAAUCAGAUUUGCAAGGAACGCCCAUGGAAAUAAGACAGGCUAUGUGUUUGUUGAUUUUAACAGUGCGGAAGAGGUGCAGAAAGCAUUGAAACGGAAUCGUGAAUACAUGGGCGGCCGAUAUAUUGAGGUGUUUGCAGAGGAGAACACAACAAAGACGAGACGUUCAUCGAAGAGUCCAGCCCAGCCCUGGCAAAGAACAAAGAAGGACAACGAAGAGGAGGAGGACCUCUCUGAGUCGGGAAGGCUCUUUGUGCGAAACCUGCCUUACACCUGCACUGAGCAAGACCUGGAAGGGCUGUUUACCAAAUACGGGCCUCUGUCUGAGAUCCACUUCCCGAUUGAUGGUCUGACCAAGAAGCCCAAAGGCUUUGCGUUUGUCACCUACAUGUUUCCUGAGCAUGCGGUGAAGGCCUUUGCAGAAGUGGAUGGACAGGUUUUCCAGGGCCGAAUGCUGCAUGUCUUGCCGUCCACCAUUAAGAAGGAAGAAGCGGAUAACUCCUCAAGCGCGGGGUCCUCAUCCUAUAAGAAGCAAAAGGCAUCCAAAGAUAAAGCGAACAGUUCCAGCUCUCACAACUGGAACACCUUGUUCAUGGGGGUGAACGCCGUGGCAGAGGCUGUUGCGGAGAAGUACGGUGCCCCAAAGAGUCAAGUGUUGGAUCACGAGCUGAAGGGCAGCGUGGCCGUGCGGGUCGCUCUGGGGGAAACAGAACUUGUUCAGAAAGUGCGCCAGUUCCUGCUAGAAAAUGGGGUCAGUCUGGAUUCCUUCAGCCAGGCUGCCGGCGAAAGGAGCAGAACCGUCAUUCUGGCCAAGAACCUCCCGGCUGGCACUUCGGCAUCGGAGAUGGAGGAGGUUUUUGGGGCUCAUGGAAGCCUCGGCCGGGUUCUUCUCCCGGAAGGAGGGGUCACAGCUAUUGUGGAGUUUCUGGAGCCGACGGAAGCUAAGCGGGCCUUCACCAAGUUGGCUUACUCAAAGUUUCGGCAUCUCCCUCUGUACCUUGAAUGGGCACCGAUGGGGAUCUUUUCUGGCACUGGAAAGAAGGAGCCGGAGAUCUCCGGAGACAAGAAGGAAAGCGAAGGACUUCCACAGACAGGCAAUACUGGAAAUGAAGAAACUCCAAUGGAGACAGGGAAACCCAGAACAGAGGAGGAGGAGAAGGAGAAGGAUGAUGAUGGUGAUGAUGAUGAAGAAGAGGAAGAAUGCAUUCCAGGCUGUACAGUCUUCAUAAAGAACCUCAAUUUCUCCACUACGGAGGAGACAUUAAAAGAGGUUUUUUCGAAAAUGGGAGCGGUAAAGAGCUGCACUGUCUCCAAGAAGAAAGACAACGCCGGUACACUCCUCUCCAUGGGCUUUGGAUUUGUAGAGUAUAAGAAACCGGAACAUGCACAGAAAGCCCUCAAGCAGCUGCAGGGACGCACUGUUGAUGGCCAUCAACUGGAAGUCAAGAUCUCUGAAAGAGCCAUCAAGUCGCCAGUCACUUCUGCCCGCAAGAAGCAAACGAGUAAGAAGCAAAAGACCUCUAAGAUUUUGGUGCGCAACAUCCCCUUCCAGGCAACGGUGAAAGAGAUCAGAGAGCUGUUCAGCACCUUCGGAGAACUGAAAACCGUCCGCCUGCCAAAGAAGAUGAUGGGAACCGGAAAGCAUCGUGGUUUCGGUUUUGUGGAUUUCCUCACAAAGCAGGAUGCCAAGAGAGCCUUCAAUGCCCUGUGCCACAGCACUCAUUUGUAUGGCAGAAGACUGGUCUUGGAAUGGGCUGACACAGAGGAAACAGUGGAAGCUCUGAGACGAAAAACAGCCGAGCAUUUUCACGAUUCCCCAACCAAGAAGAAGCGGUCAGCUGCCCUGGAAGAAAUCCUGGAGAAGUUGGAUGAUGAAGGAGAUGAUGAGGGAGACAGCUAGAGCACCUGCCCCCAACUCUGAGGUAAGAACUGAGCUCCAGUCAAGAGGAUGUCAGCCCCUUGAAACCCAGCAGGAUCUCACCCUUAAAUCCCCUGUGGAACAGGACACACCGGACGAGCUGAAAGGGCAAGACGAUUCUAUGUUGGCAUCUUGCAAUCUCUCUUUUCUCUCUCGUGCCUGGAAUCGGAAAAGAAAUGGAGGCUCCUUUUGCCUGCCCCCAGCCUUGAUAUUCAGCCACAUUCACAUUUUAAAUAAAGAAGCAAUGGAGACCUUUUCAGUAAGCAGCUGAACAGCAGCUCCCCCCACCCAAGAACUUGUACAGUUUUGGGGAAAUAAUGUAUACUAUUUAAACAACAAGAAAAACAACAGAUUGCUAAUGAAGCCAUCUGGAUAAUGAUAUAAAAUAUUUGAUUUGUU